ACUAUAUUCGAUACUAUGGAAAACAAAGCGGACCGUUGGCUUGGGUUGUUGGAAAACUCAAAAAGCAACACCAGUUUUGCCCACGAUAGUAUACUGAUAAAAGGUCGGUGCUCUUCGGUGGCACGCGAAUACUGGACACAUUGGAUCACCCUAUCUGUCUUACUAUUCGCCAUGUACUUUGUGAUCUGCAAGUAUUUAGAGUGGUCGUACUACGUGAAGCGUAAGGAAUAUUUCACUGAUUGGAAGUGCCAGCCAAAAAAAUGGCCAGAACGAAACACUUUGCUGAACGAUAUCAGAGUCAGUCUCAUCGCGCUGUCGACCGCCACUGCCACGGUAUCGGUUUAUAGCACAUACUUGGUUUGUGGUGGACACAGUCUACUUUACUUGGACGUCAGCUCUUAUUCUUGGAAGUGGUGGAUUGUUCAAUGGCCGCUGAUAUACUUUUCCCAGGAUUACGUUGCAUAUUUGAUACACCGGACGAGUCAUAAGGGAUUUCUAUACAAGCACAUGCACGCCUACCACCACCGACACCGUCAACCGUACCCGUGGAACGCUUUUUCAGUACACCCGAUUGAAAUCAUAAUCCACUCAUUGACCGAGUUAGCAGUGUUGUUCGUCGUACCAAUACACUGGCUUCCUUACGCCACGAUAACGUUUUACUCGUUUUACCACAACAUCAUCCAACAUUCUGGCAUCGAUUUCAAACCGUCGCGGUGGCAGCUAUGGAAACCAGACGUGAUGUUCCACGAUGUUCACCAUGUAAACGGCAAAGUCAACUUCGGUGCAACCUGCUACGUGUGGGACAAAAUUCAUGGUACCAUGAAAACCCGGUCUUCGGAAAUAUCCAAGGACCCGACGCAGUGAAAAUAUGAACAUUUGGUGACGUUAAAAAAAAUAAAGGAUAGAUAUAUACAUAUAUAUUAUAUAUUUUUUGUAAAAUUUAACUUUAGGACAUACCGUGUAAAUAUUGUUGGUUUAUGGUUGGUUUGGUUAAUAAAACCAAUAACUUUAAAGAUAAGGUGUUUUUUAAAUUUUAUUUUUUAAUAUUACAUAAAUCAUAAUUUUUAUCGUUUUUAAAAAUAAUGACUUAGAUGUUCAACUGUCGAGAUAAUAA